AUGACAGGAACUAACCUUGUGCUAGAGGACAAACGCCCAGCUACCGCACUUCAUCGAGUUCUUGAGAAAGUGGUGUCUAUAUCUGGGUUUGGAACAUCAGCUAGUGCCCAACUGCACAAUGACAGCACAAUGACCGACGAACAUCCAGCAAAGUUAUCAAGGUCAUCAUCAUAUAAAAUACAUCAGAAAUUAACCAAGCUCAUUAAACUAAACAUAAAGACCAAGAAGUUAGAACAGGAAAUUUUAGGUGAUACCAAUUUAUGGGCAGAUAACAUUCCAACCCAAGAAUGUUCACUGAUAAUUAGAGAUUUCAAUUUCAUCUUUUCCACACAGACAAAUGCAGGUGCUCAAUUAAAUGAAAAGUUGGAGAAAAUAAAAUUGAGCUUGUCAUGUGUCAAUGAGCGUGAAAAGAAGCAGAAAGAGUUACUUUAUUCGAAAAUUAAGUUGGAAAAGCAGUUAAAGGAGAAUAAAGCUAGAGUUGGAUCUAAAGCAUCAUCAACAGUUUUGAUUAUUGAAAAGUUGGAAGAGGUUGAUUGCAGCUUACAAGUGGUUGAACAGCAAUUUGUUCGGUCUAUAUCCAAUGAUUUGAAAGAAAGCAUUAUUGACUACAUUUACACCUUACAUUCAACAUCACGAAAGUUGAAUGAAGUAUGCGAAGAUUUCAUCGAGUGCAUGAGUUCGUUAGAGCAAAGCAAUUCGAUGAAUGGGUUGGAACAUGGUAACUUGGCCAACGGUAUGGGCCAUAUAUUGAGAGGUAGUGAACUUGGUCGAACCUCACCGACAAGAUUAUCAAAAUUGGCAUUGAAAAGGAAAUCACCCCAGUACCAACAAUCCUAUAGCGAUAAUGAGCAAAUCAAGUUGAAAAACUACGACUUGCCAACGCCUCAAUCAUCUUGUGCCGAAUGCAAAAAAGUUCCAUGCAUACACACAGAUCAAGGGAAUGGUACUCAACCAUUGAAAACAAACCAAGUUCCCCAAGCUCCAUCUAUGCCUGCGCAAGAUCAAAACCCCAGUACCAGACGCACUUUUUCAAAAGUUUAUCCAUUACAAGCACAUGAUAAUUUCCACUUUGGAGAGGAGUUUCGUCAUGACCCCAUUAGGGACAGUUCAAUUCUCGACGAUCAUUGGAGCUGA